AUGAUCAACAUGGCCCACCAAGAAGACGCCAAAGAGCGCUUCUACCGCAACUUUCGCAUGCAGCAAGCCAACAUCCAAGAACAAAUCACUCACCUCCCCUCCAUCGCCCCCGUCGCCGGCGAGCGCCAGGAUGCCACAGAGGUGAUCCUGACCAACAUUUCCCGCCUGACCAACGACGUGAGGGACGCUACGCAUUUUUUGCCGGCGUACGAUCAUAGGGUGUACACCGACGCGGUGAACACCCUCCGGAAAGAGCUGGAUGAGACGACGGCGAAGCUCGCGCCCAAGAGUCGGUUUCAGUUCCGGCCGAGACCGCCGGCGGCGGUUGAUGGUGAUGAUGCCCCGAAGAGUGAUUCCCGCCGGUUGGUGAACAACAGGGAUGGGACCAAGGGGGAGAAGACGAAUGGCCAGCCGCCGAUCUCACCGCCUUUGUCGCCCGGUGGUGGUGGGAGCAGGGGAAGGUCGAGGAGUCCGAGGGCGAUCAAGGUGGAGGGGGAGAGGGAUGCUGUCAUCACGCUGCCGGCAGAUCACUCGCGGACUUCGUCGGCGGGGCAGCUUAUUGAUCUGUCUAGCUGUGUGGUCAACCUUUGCUCUCCUACUGUUGAAGCUUGUCGGGCGGCGCCGUUUGCGAGUUUGAUGCUCAAGGGGGUUGAGAAGAGUGUUAUUGUGGCGGGGCAUGUGGAUGGCCCGGUUCAUGUGACGGGGCUCAAGAAGUGUGUGGUUGUUGUGACGGCGAGGCAGGUGAGGAUUCAUGACUGCGAGGAGGUGGACUUUUAUUUGUGGGUGAGGAGCGAGCCGAUUAUUGAGGGGUGCAAGGGGGUGAGGUUUGCGCCGUUGCCGGAGGGGAUGGAGACAGGGGCAGAGGGGGAGAACAAGUGGAAGGAGGUGAAGGAUUUCUUGUGGUUGAAGGAGGGGCAGAGUCCCAACUGGGGGGUGCUGGGGGAGGGGGAGAGGGUGAAGGGGGAGGUUUGGAGAGAGGUGAUGGGGGAUGAGGGAGGGGAUGUGAAGGGGGUGCUGGGGAGGUUUGGGAUUGCUUAG